AUGUCGGACGUUCCCUACGUUGAAUUCGAAGAUGCAGAUGGCCAUAAUCCCCAUAGGCCAUUUUUCAUUACCUAUAGGCAAACGGCGAUUGGUGUUAUUGUCUUUAUCAUUCUUGCAGUUAGUGUUGGAUUGAUAGCAGGAUUAACAGCAAGUGGCAGGAAUCAAUCGGCUAAUAUCACCACAACAAGUAUGCCGCUAACGACUGCAGUUCCAACCAAGUACGCCGCCUUAGCUAAACCUCGAUUGCCUACCAGUAUUAAACCGAAGGCUUAUUACUAUCAAUUAGAUAUCGAUAUGACAAAACUGAAUUUUGUUGGCAUUAACACGAUUCAGUUUAUGGUUAAAUCUUCCACCAAUAUUAUCAUUGUCCAUGUUUCUGGUAUUAAAAUGUUAUCAGCACCGCAAGUUAGCAAUGAUCGAAACUUUAACGGUGCAUCGACAUACUAUAAAGUUAUCGAUACUGGCAAUUAUAAGCCCAAUAGUUAUUACUACGUCGUCCUACAGAACAAAUUAACUCCAGGAACUUAUUAUAUUCGAUUUAAUUUUACCGCGCAAUUGGCUUCUGAUCUCCUAGGACUUUACAAGUAUCAGUAUACAAGAGCAUCAGAUCGGCAAAAAAUAUGGGCAAUAGCUAGUCAAGGGCAGGAUUUCUAUACACGGAGAAUGAUUCCUUGUUUUGAUGAGCCAGCCUUGAAAGCAACCUUUCAAGCCACGAUCAUCGUGCCAAGUAAUUAUAGUGUCCGAUGGAAUAUGCCUGUUACUAAAAAAACUGCUAUUGGCAAUAAAAUGCGUUAUGAACAUUCAACCUCUCCCAUAAUGUCAACGUAUUUACUAGCCCUAGCUGUCGACGGAUUUACUUAUGUCGAAGGACAUACAACUAGAAAUACUCGUGUUAGAGUGUGGUCUAGACCAUCUAUUCGGAAUGAUAGUUAUUUCUCCUUGAGAACCAUCAUCAAUAUAACACAGUACUAUGAAGGAUUUUUUGGAAUUCCCUAUCCCAUAUCAAAGCAAGAUCAUGUUGCCGUUCCUAAAUUUUAUGCCGGUGCGAUGGAAAAUUGGGGUUUAAAUUUAUAUCGGGAAGAAAUUCUUACCUAUAAUCCUUAUUAUGUUAGCUCAAGAUUACUAAAAACUAUUAUUGUUAUCAUUUCCCACGAAUUGUGUCAUCAGUGGUUGGGAAACUAUGUUACCAUACAAUGGUGGAAUCAUAUGUGGAUCACUGAAAGUUUUUGCAACUUUUAUCAAUUUUAUGCUGGUUCUAUCCUUCAGCCCAGCUUCUUCUUGAAACAACAAUUUGUUACAGAUAGUGUUCAAGUUGCAAUGCUUGUAGAUGCUACUCGUAGUUCGCACCCCUUGGUCUUACCGCCUAAUCUUGGUCCCAUUUUCGAUAAAAUUACAUACGAAAAGGGAGGAUCUAUCUUUCGCAUGUUACGUGAUUAUAUUGGUCCUGCGAAUUAUCAUACUGGAGUAAAGGCAUUAUUAAAGAAAUAUUUAUAUAGUAAUAUUGCAACAGAACAAGUGUUUCAAGCUAUAUCUGGAGCAAUUCAAAGUCCAAUUAACAUCAGUGAUUUUAUGGGUCCUUGGGUAUAUCAAAUGGGUUAUCCAUUGGUAACUUUAAUUCGUCAUCCCGGCAAUCGUGGUUUGGGCAUAAUAUCACAGCAACGUUACCUAACUAAUUCAUCAUUAAAUCCUAGUACUGACCCUCCUGGUUCACCCUAUCCUUCAACUUUUGGCUACAAAUGGACUAUUCCUAUUCGAUACUACAAUUCAGGAGAUAAAACUACUAAACUCCUGGUGUUUGAUAGGACUUCAGCCUCUGUUCAGAUUGGUUGGCCAGCAAAUACAUGGAUAAAAUUAAAUACCGACGAAAUUGGUUUCUAUCGCGUCAACUACCCUACAGAAAAUUGGCAAGCUUUGGCUAUGGCAUUACAAACGGAUAAAACUCAAUUUUCCGAAACUGAUAUUGCCAAUAUGUUGGAUGAUGCUUUUCAACUUGCACAGACUUAUCGUAUUAACUACAUGAUACCUUUAAACCUAACCAAGUAUUUAUUUAAAGAGACAAAUCAAUUACCCUGGGGUGUUACUAGCCUUUACUAUUCUGCAAUGUUUCAACGCCUAUCAAAUAGAGGAUCCUUUCAAUAUUUCUCAAAAUACUUUCAGAAAAUAGCUGCUGUACAGGCCGAUCGGUUUGGAUUUUCUGAUAACGGAAACUGGAUAUACAAGGAAGCUCGAGCAACUGUGUUAGAGAUGGCUUGUAGUACAGGUUAUAAGCCAUGUAUUGCUAAUGCCACAGCCAUCUUCAAGAAAUAUAUGCAAAAUCCUACAGCCAAUAAUAUCAAAGGCACAAUUAGAGGAAUUGUAUUUAAGUAUGGUAUUGAAAAUGGUGGUGCUACGGAAUGGAAUUUCCUAUUUAAGCAAUACAAACAAUCGCUAAAUAUUGCCGAUAGACGAACUAUGUUAAGGGCAUUAUCAGCCACAAAAAUACCUUGGCUUAUAAGAAGGUUCUUAAAUUAUACUGUUGAUCCAACUAAAAUUCCGUCAAGUUCCAUGCAAACUGUUCUACUUAAUGUUAAUCGCAAUACGGUAGGAAGGUAUUUUACCUGGGAAUUUCUGCGCGACCAUCAAAACUUCUUGAUGCAGAAAUUUAAGACAACAAGAUCAAUUGUCCGCAUUAUUACUCAAAACUAUGACACUCCACUUCUGCUGAAUCAGGUGAUGAAUUACUUUAAAAUGUUCCCAGAAAAUUCAGGGAGCGCAAAAUCUACGGAAGCAUCUAUUAUUCAAAGAAUUAAAUCUAAUAUGCAGUAUUUGCAUCGGUGUGAAAAAUUACGUUAUAUAAUUGAUAUUACACUUGAGAAGGUCCAACCUGGAGCUGUAUAG